AGUCUCUGCAGGGUCACAAGGGACGAAGACCUGUUCGGGGUUGGGAGGAAGUCUAUAAACCAGCAUGAAAGGCGGGGACACCAACAGGUCGCUCGCGGGGCACAGUUACUCGAAAAAGUAAUCUCGUUACUGCCGCAAACCAACAGGACCCAAUAGCAAACUGAUGCUCAUCGCUAUUGGACACAGCCAGGGUUGGACUCCAGCACCCCGCCGCCUGUUACUCAAACACAGGGAGCGCGUGUGGUCAGUCGCUCCUCGUUGCGCGCUGGAUAUGGAUCAGGACGCAGCGUGCCUCCCUGCUGUCUCCCGCGGACGGGCUGCACUCUGUGGCGCAUAACCAAAGGUGCCCAAAUGAAUCACCGCCCUCCUGGCUCCCCCGGCGUGCAAUGGCUUAACAGGAGAGACAUGAGUGUCCGGACGGAGGACAGCAUCACCUUGUGCCAAAGGGCUCUCGAAAUCAUCACGGAACUUUGUCUCACGGGACACGUAGACCGGGAGAAAUGUUCGGAUAUUUUCCCCCUGGAGAGCAACAUACCAGGUAAAGGACACGCAGACAUCUCUAUUAGUCUCCUUGCUGUGGUCGUGGGUUUCUGUGGCCUCGCCCUGUUGGUAGUCUCUCUCUUUGUCUUUUGGAAGCUGUGCUGGCCCUUUUGGAGGAGCAAGGCUCUGUCAGCCCAUGCCGAAAAUGGCCUCAAUGUUCGUUUCCCCGAGGCGCCUCCAAACAACUCGCCGCCGGUCACAGAGUGCAAAGUGGCGGAGGUGGAGAAGAAGUAUCCGUUGGAAAUGAAGGUGAAUGGACGGAGCACUGUCAAGCUCCUCGAGGCGGCCAUGAAGAUCAGCCAGACGUCUCCGGACAUCCCCGCCGAGGUGCAAACAGCCCUGAGGGAGAAGCUCAGCCAGCAGGCUAAGAUCCAGAGGCAGACCACCGAGCCCACCUCGUCCUCCAGGCACAAUUCAUUCCGACGCCACCUGCCUCGCCAGAUGAAUGUCACCAGUUUUGACUUUAGCAUGGACACAGUGCCUCUCCGCCAGUCUUCUACUGCGAGUAUUGGAAGAAUAAAGCCUGAACUCUACAAGCAGAAAUCUGUGGACUCAGAGGAUGAGGCUAAAGAGCCUGUGGAGACUUGCGGAAAGCUCAGCUUCUCACUGCGCUACGACCACGAGGAGCAAGCGUUGGAGGUGAGAAUCCUCAAGGCCUUGGACCUGCCUGCCAAAGACUUCACGGGCACCUCCGACCCCUACGUGAAGAUCUACCUGCUACCAGAGAGGAAGAAGAAGUUCCAGACACGAGUCCACCGCAAGAAUCUGAACCCCGUCUUUGACGAGACCUUCUGUUUCCCCGUGGUGUAUGAUGAGAUUUGCAACCGCAAGCUGCACUUCAGCGUUUACGACUUUGACCGCUUCACCAGCCAUGAUAUGAUUGGCGAGGUGGUGGUGGACAACCUCUUUGAACUCUCUGAUCUUUCCAGGGAGGCUGUAGUGUGGAAGGAUAUUCACGCAGCAACUACGGAGAGUGUUGACCUGGGAGAGAUCAUGUACUCGCUGUGCUAUCUUCCCACAGCAGGAAGAAUGACUCUAACAGUCAUCAAAUGCAGAAACCUCAAAGCCAUGGACAUCACAGGCUCCUCAGACCCAUAUGUGAAGGUUUACCUGAUAUGUGAUGGAAGGAGGUUGAAGAAGCGAAAAACAACCACCAAGAAAAGCACGCUCAAUCCAGUGUACAACGAGGCCAUCAUCUUCGACAUUCCCCCAGAGAACGUGGAACAAGUCUGUCUGUCCAUCAUGGUGAUGGAUUAUGAUCGGGUGGGACACAACGAGGUGAUCGGUGUGUGUCGCACCGGGCCAGAUGCUGAGGGUCUUGGACGAGAUCACUGGAACGAAAUGUUGGCUUAUCCGCGAAAGCCCAUCACACACUGGCACGCCCUGGGAGAGGAAAUGACAGUGGCCGGGAAGAGCAGCAAGCUUUGAGAGUCAAGGUUCGUGUCCUUCACCCAAACCUCCACAGACACCCUGAUGGUCGCAGGGAGAGUGAGAACAUCGCCUCUGUAAGGAAGCAAGACGUCCGUUUAGAGUUGCUGAGGUUCCUGAGUCUCUUGUGAGCAUGUUGUGUGAAAAUACAUCCCAGCACAUUUAUGUUUAUAAAAAAAACAAGGUUGUAUUGAAAUUGUUCUUAUUCAUUCAUUUGAUAUUGGGGCCUCUCUACAGAGUGUCUAUGCACAGCACUCUCUGUCAUUCAAUUCAAGAGUUUGUUUUUCAUACAUCUGCUUUGAAAUUCUUAGAAAGGCUUUGUAUUCCAAACACUUACACAGGCCACAUUAAUGGUAGGCCUCACUACAAGAAGUCCUCUGUGAUUCACAUACAGUUGUAUCAACCACUUCUUUAUUCUGACAGAACAUUUUUUCUGGCCCUCCAGCUCUGUAGUGAGUUGGCAUUUUACUUUAAAAUGACACAAAGUCAAAAGGGCUAUGCUGCUCAAUACCAUGAAAGCAUUUGCUUGAUUAAAAAUACAGUCAAUAAAUCCAGGGAGUCUUGAUCCAGGUUCCGGCUGACGACUGCAGGUAAUUGAGCAUCCACAAUGCUGGGUAAAUCUCUCCUAAAAUUCACCUGCCACAACUGUCACUGUUGUGUAAAAGUGGCCAUUAACCAUCCACACAACAGCCAGCAGUUACAUUUUUUAUUAGAAAAGUCAACAGGAUUCUCAGAUUUAGAGAAAGUGUAGCAUAUACUGUACAUGUAGCAAAGACAGUAUAGCGAGAUAAUCAGCAGUCACAUCAAAGUGUGUUUGAAAUAACUUUUUUCCUCCAAAAACCCAUGCAAGACUUACUAAUAAAUAUAACGAUUUCAUAUUUAUUUUUGGACACACCAGUUUGAUUUCGGCACCUAAUUGCAAAUUGAACAAACAGCAUCAACAAAUUAGAUUCAUCAUGUUAUUACUCCUAUAACUAUUACAUAUAAUUCUGUUGUUUACACUGCAAAUGUCCCUUAUGAGAAUGCAUGCCAAUGAUAUAGAAAAUAGUGUCCAGUCAUUGCCUAACAACCGUAACUAGACACAGCAAGCAUUUGGUUUCUCCAAAAUGAAAAAAAAAAAUGUAAGAAAUGUUUAUGGUGUGUUUAUCUGCUCUAAGCAGCAAACCUCAGCAUACCUGGCUAACUAGUCGAAACCUAGUCUCGCUUUGCCAGACCAUCCUCACGCUGCGGAGCGGAGGAGGGUCCGGCUACUCUACACAGCAUGCUGGGAUGGGAAAAACGUGCUCUGGUUAAUUGGCAUUUCUUUAACCCUCAUGUUGUCCUCGGGUCAAAUUGACCCGUUUUCCUAUAUCAAUGUUCUUUUUAAAUUACCCAAAAGAACAUGAUUGAUUCCACACAACACUCUUUGGCAAGUACAAAUCUCUACUUCCAUUAAUUUUGGGGUGUCUUAUUCAAUUUUAUAUUUAUUUGAAAAACUGAAUUUAAGUGGUUUGGAAAUAGUAUUGAGUAAAAGUUGACAUAUUCCAGUCUGUAAUUAUCCAUCAACAUACAUUCCUUUAAUUUUAGUCUAAAUAAUUCUUAAUUUCUGCUUUUUCAACUCAAACAUUCGGUUUAAUUCCCUAUAAAUGAGGUUUAUUGACCAUAAAUUCCAAAGAUAACCGUAAAACUAAAGUUAAUAAGUUAGUGUUACGUAGUGUUGAAAACGUCAAAAAAAGUGACACACAUUGAAAAAAAAGUGUUGAAAAAAUUUACAAAAACGUAAGAAAAAGUUCAAAACAUCGAUAAAAAGCGUCAACAAAAGUGUUUAUUUUUCAAUUUUGACAGGAAGACAACACAAGGGUUAAACCAAUCACAAUCAUCUUUGGCGGCGCUAAUCUCCGCACUAAGCCGCUGUAAAAUAGUUGUGAGAGAAAACUUAGAUUGGACAGUUAGUCUACCUAGCUGUCUCAAUUUACCCUGCAGAGAUCUGAGGAGCUGUUAACCACAGUCCUCAUAAAUCCACCGGAGUUUAAAAUUCCAACACAAAAAAAGCGUAAGGAAAUGUAAAUGUGCAUCCGGCCGAAUUUCCUUGGGCACCGGAGAAAUCCCAGAAGUGGAACAUCAAGGUUGAAGACUAGUUGGAACCUAACCCAGCCUUACAUCCAGGGCCAGUAGGAUUUCAUAAUACAUUAUAUUGUGAGGUUACAGGAAAAGCAAAAAAACCCUGUUCACAAUUAUCACAUUGACUGUUCAGCAUUCCCCACUGUGUAGAAGCCGAGAGCCUGGAUGCUACUAUAUCAGAAGUUUAAUCUCUGUCCUGCCGAGCUGGAUUUGGGGAAGUUUAAGUUUGUUUACCUGAGAUAGCUUUACAUUCGCCCAACACAUUUGUUAGACCUCAUCCUAAGAGCCUUUUCUCUUAUAAAGUUAAAAGUGGAGGUUUGAAAAAAAAAAGACAAUAAAGCAUAUGAUGAAUGAAAUGAGAAGUUAAAUAAAGGGCCCAUUGUUUCGAACAGUAAAUCUCCCACCAUCAUCAUUGUAAACUAGUCUGGCGAUCACUAGACCAAGCCAAGUUCAAUAGAUUUGAGACUGAGCAUUGGUCUGGGGAGUCUGCUCUGUAUGUUCUCUGCACAAGAAGCGUGACCAACGGGCGUAGUUUAAAUGACUGUACGCAAUUGGAUAGUCCUUCAACCAAUCAGACGAACGGUACGGGUGACGGAAAAGCGACAGCGGCAUCAACGGGUUGCUGCACUUCGGUGGCGUUUGGUGGCCGCCGCUAUGUUGAAUGUAAACAAGAAGCUGCUUGGUCGCUUCUCUGUCGUCAUUGUGUUAAACCCGCCAAUAGCACGCCAGGUAGAUAAGCCAGUUUGUGAUUGGUUCUGAAGCAGGAGAAUUAAACGGGCAGGUUUCCAGACCGAGCUGCAGGGUGCAGAGUGGGCGGGGUUUACCCAGUCUAAUUGUAAUCUAAUUGUAAAUUUUGCACCUGGGGUAAUUACUAGGAUUUUUGGGUCCUUGUAAAUUAUAGAGUGUGUUCUAGACCUACUCUAUCUGUCACGUGUCUUGAGAUAACUCUUGUUAUGAAUUGAUACUAUAAAUAAAAUUGAAUUGAAUUAAAUUAAUGUGUAAAAAAAGGAAAGCUUGACAGGCGUAGCAACAACAACAAAGGAGGGUGGAGCUUAGUGAAGGCUCAAAGGCCAAACAACACCAAAAACAUAAAGUAGAGUAACACAGAUGGUAAUCUAAAUUUGAAAUCUAGGAAGAUAAACAUUAUGUAACAAUUUUUCCUCACCAGUUACAUAUUUAGGGAAUUAUAAUCCAUAAAACAUUUCCAAAUCGCAUGUAUGUUUUCUGCAUAAAGCCAUAUGAACUAAAGUGCGUCUAACACAGCACAUUGACUCAGCUUCUCCUCAUACAUGAGUAAUAAGAAACCAAUAAGAAACCAUAUCUACACCAAACAUGGCAAAUAAAAACGGCUAUGUACUGUUAUCUUACUUGCACAUUCUUACGAUGCUUUUUGUCCCUUGCGCUGCCCUUAAUAUUAACAAGAAAUAUUUUUACUUGUAGCAUGCCUCUCACCACUUUAAAAACACACCCAAUGAGGUAAAAUGUAAAAAAAAAUGAAUAUAUUAAGAGUAUUUAAAAUGUCAAACUUUGUGUUUACAUUUGUAUAUAUACUUGUCAAUGGCACUGUUUGUAUAAAUACAAAAGAAGUUUAAGAAGUUGUCGUGAACUUAUGGCGAUAGAGACAUCACAAUGUAUUUCUAUUGUUUGGUGAUCAUUUGAAACGCUCAGACUUGUAAUUGAGUGAAAUUUAUACACGUUCUGUAAUAGUUGUGAACAAUUAGUCAGGCUGGAGACCCAGUAAUGCCAACUCUACCUUAUCAAGUUAUUUCAUGUUUAGGAGUUUAGAGCUUUGAUCUGUAAUUGUUUGCAUAUUGGUUAAAUCUAUACUGAGCAACAACAACUGCAACGGCUGUCAUGAUGUGUACAGUUUGUGAUAACUUUUGUAACACUUUAAAGUAAAUCUUUGGAAUAUGAUUUAUUGUAUCUGUUUCAUAUGUAUUUUAACUAAAUAAAUU